AUGGCCGGUUUUAAUUUUAAGAAGUUAACCAAGGAUAAGCACAAGUCUUCCAAGUCCAACACUGAUGAACAGAAAGACCAAAAUGGAAUAAGUCCCUCUAAAUUUCUUCAUUUUAAUAUAAAUCAUGAUAAUAAACAGCUGCAUAAUUCUUCCAAUCCACUACCGAAACCGAAUCAAGCUCUACCACCUGUACCACAGAAAACACCAUUAAAUGAAAGUCGUUCGUUAAAUAAUAUUUCCUAUCAAAGACAACAACUAUAUAAUUCAUCACAAGCAAGGGUAUAUCCCACUCCACAACCUUUUGGUCAAAGAAGUGUAUCAGGAGCUACUCAAUUGAUGCAAGUGAAACAACAAGAACAACAAAGACAACAACAGUCACAAAGCAGACUAACAGUGCAAGGAUCCAAUGAAUCAAAUACUUCUACCCAUGAUAAUUCUCAACAGUCACAACAUUCUUCUCCUUUAUAUAAUCCUUAUUCGCAAACUCAAGUAUCUGUACCUAAAAAUAACUUAUUAAAUACUCCCCCAGUGACUCAAGAACCUAUAGUUUGGAACAGAAUCAAAUUAAAAAACUCACCAUUUCCUCGUUAUCGACAUGUUGCCUCCGCUUAUGGCACAGAUGAUGAUCGAGUAUUUGUCAUUGGUGGACUACACGAUCAGUCCGUAUACGGUGAUGUAUGGAUCAUUAAAUCUUUAGAGAAUGGUACCCGAUUCGAAUCCAGCACAGUAGAUAUCAGUGAAACUACUCCACCACCUAGAGUUGGUCAUGCUGCUACUUUAUGUGGAAAUGCAUUUGUAGUGUUUGGAGGUGAUACACAUAAGGUCAACAAAGAUGGAUUGAUGGAUGAUGACUUAUAUUUGUUCAAUAUUAAUUCCUAUAAAUGGACCAUUCCAAACCCAGUUGGUCCUAGACCAUUGGGUAGAUAUGGCCACAAAAUAUCCAUUAUUGCUCCGACACCAAUGAAGACCAAAUUGUAUCUAUUUGGUGGUCAAUUUGACGACACGUACUUUAAUAAUCUAGCUGUAUUUGAUUUAUCGUCCUUUAGAAGACCUGAUUCUCACUGGGAGUUUUUGAAACCAAAGACUUUUAUUCCACCGCCUUUAACAAAUCAUACAAUGGUAUCAUAUGACAAUAAAUUAUGGGUAUUUGGUGGAGAUACUUUACAAGGUCUAAUAAAUAAAGUUUUUAUGUACGAUCCUGAUAUUAAUGAUUGGUGCAUUAUCGACACAUGUGGGGCAGGAGAUGAUGAUGGCAAUAUUCCUCCACCAAUGCAAGAACACGCUGCUGUUAUGUAUGGCCAUUUGAUGUGUAUUACCGGUGGUAAAGAUGAAUCAGAUAAUUAUUUGAACACAGUAUACUUCUUGAACUUAAAUACUUUUACAUGGUACAAAUUACCCUUCUUAACUGUGGGUAUUCCACAAGGUAGGUCUGGACAUUCAGUAACACUGCUAAAAAAUAACAAAUUAUUAAUUAUGGGUGGUGAUAAGUUUGAUUAUUCUCGACCUGAAGAAUUUGACCUUCAUACUUCGGAAACCGACAUGGGCAAUGGAACCAUAUUAUAUACAUUAGACUUAUCAAAAUUAAAAGAUUUAUGUCCCGGCAUUAUGGAUCGAGUUCCAAGUGCCAAAAUUCCUGGAAACAAUGUCGCAAAGUUAUCUAAUAAAGAAAAUUACCCUUCAACCCCACAAGCUUCCAACAAAGAGUUUAACAAUGAACAAAAAACAACUAACAGUGUCAUCCAAAAGGAUAUUAAUAAGUUACCUGAGCUUGCAGCUCAUAAUAUUUUAACACCACAUACAAUAUCAGAGAAUCAAAAAACACCCAAAGUUGAAGAUGAAGAAACUUUUGAUAGUACUCCCGAAAAUAACAUGGCCGUGACACCAACUUUUGAAGAAAACUCUUAUUUUAAAGAUGAAAAUCAAAAGGAAUUAUUAGAAAAGGUAGUAACUCCAAGCUCGAAAGAUAAUGAAGAGCAUACCUUUGAGGACUCCGAUUUACAUGAGGAAGCAACUCCUGAAAUCGAAGUAGCUAUUCGAACGCCUAUUAAGAGUGAGCACUUAUUCCAGGUCAAAGAAUCCCCUAUCAAAAAUAUUACUAAUAAUGAUUCUGUUAAUAUUGAUAAUGUAACAUCAGAAUUAGAUAAGCAAUUUACUCCAAUUUCUGAUAAACAAGGCCACCUCAGUUCCGUAGAUCAGUUGCAAAACAACACAAACAUGAUGAAACAUUCUACAUUAACCAACUUCAGUAGUACUACCACUAAGACAAGCCCUAAACAGACAUCACCUCAUGGAUCUUCACCCCACAUUAAAGGAGAUACAGAAUCAUUAGCUAAUUUUUCUCCCAAAAAUAAUACCACACCUCAAUCAACAAUGAUUCAGGUAGAUUAUAAGAUAUUAGAAGACUUACAGUUUGAAUUAAAAAAUCUAAAACAACUAACAACAGAUAAGGCCAACGAGGCAAGUAAUCAUAUAUUGGGAUUGGAGGAAGAAAAUAAGAAAUUAAAAGAAUCGUUGAGGGAACAUUUGGCAAAAAAUAACCAAAAAAGUGACAUAGUGGAGGAAAAUAAAAAGUUGUGUAAUUAUAUUAAUACUUUAAAAGGAUUAUUGAAUGAAAAAUUUUUGGAUUUAGACGUGUUAAAUGUGAUUAUCAGAAAACAAAAUUCGACAAUUGACAAACUUAUGUCUGAUGAAAACUUCAGAGAUAAAUAUGUCUCAUUAGAGAAAAAAUAUCAAUUAGUUAGUGCAGAAAAUGAAGAGUUGAAAAAUAGAUUAGAACAAUAUGAGAAUGAUUUUAUUGAAAAUAUCAAAGUAUAUUCGAAUAAUAUCGAAUCAUUAUUAGAAGGAUGGAAAAGUUAUUUUAGUGACUUCUCAACCACAAGUCAUAUGCUAGAAGAUGAUAUAAAAAUCUCAUACGAGGAAAUGUCCCUUGAAUCUCCGCGUCACAAAGCAGUAGUGGGUAAGCUAUCAAAACAACUAGACGAUCUCUUGGUUAAAAGCAAAGAUUUAAGUCACUCCAGAGGUAAAUUAGAUGCAGAGUAUCAUAGAUUAGAGAGAAGACAUAGAUCUUUAAGUCAAGAUUUACUAUCACAAAAAUCUUUUGAUGAAAUAGAAGAGGAAGAAACAGAUAACCAUAAUACUAUUACUCUUGAUGAAGUAAAAACCCUCCAAUUAGCACAAGAGGAAUUAGAAAAAUAUCGGAAGAAAAAUAAAGCUCUACAAGAUGAAAUUGAGCAAUUAAAGGAAAAAGUUAAUGGAACCAUUAAAUAA